AUGGCUUUUUACGACGACCCUGGGAACGAUUCCCAGCCAUUUGGGAGGCCCCCUAAAUCCUACGAAGGAGGGAUUGCUGGGCCGCGACGACCGAGACUCGUGACGGACUAUGGAUCAUCAAUGGUGCAAUGGAUACGCACACGGAAACCCCGCUAUAAAGGAGGUCAUCAGAUUGAGGUGGAAAGGCCUAGUGCAAGCUAUGUUGUGGAUAUGCUCCCCCCUCUUGCACGAGUCCAUUCUCCGGCGGAUACUAUACCAGUGCGGCAUUUACAUCAGUCGAUUGGAAAAUCGAAGAAACCGAUCACUGUCGUACGAUGGACACCGGAAGGAAGACGCCUGCUAACGGGAGGCCACACGGGCGAAUUCAUGCUAUGGAAUGGAACUGCCUUCAACUUCGAAACUGUCAUGGAUGCACAUUAUGAUCAGCUACAAGCUGGAGUAACCUCCUUAGCUUGGUCCCACAGUCAUGACUGGUUAAUAUCCGGAGGACAGAAGGGUGACGUGAAGUAUUGGCGACCUAACUUUAACAACGUCGAGACGAUCGAUGACGCACAUCACGAUGCUGUACGCGAUUUGGCAUGGUCACCAAGUGAUACUAAAUUCCUCUCCGCAUCCGACGACACAACGCUGAAGAUAUUCGAUUUCACCGCGAGAACUUGCGAUACCGUUCUCACCGGUCACAACUGGGAUGUCAAAUCCUGCGACUGGCAUCCCACCAAAGGUCUCCUUGUCUCUGGGUCCAAAGACCAUCAGGUCAAGUUCUGGGAUCCGCGCACAGCAAGAUGCUUGACAACGCUCCAUAGCCACAAGAAUACCGUCACAGCGACGAGGUUUUCCCGCGUAAACAAUAACCUUCUAGCUACAUCCUCUCGGGAUCAAACGGCGAGAGUUUUCGACUUGCGCAUGAUGCGAGAUAUUUGUAUCCUCCGAGGCCAUGAGAAGCCCGUCUCCUCUCUAACAUGGCACCCGAUUCACAGCUCUCUCAUAUCUACAGGUAGUGAGGACGGGUCUCUA